GCCCGCCUGACGUGAGGCACAGCGCCGUCCCCCGCGGGCAGCCCGGGCCAUGGACGCCGUGCUGAGGCAGGUGGAGCAGCUGCCGGCGCUCCUGGCCGUGUCCCGCUCCGCCCAGGUGCGGCACUGGGACUGCCUCACCCUGGACAGGGCUCUAGAGUGGGCCCGCUACUUCCAGCACCUCCACCACCGCUUCCGUGCCCGCCCGCAGCUCCGGGAGGCCCUGGGGCGGCGGCUGCGCCGCUCUCAGCCGCUCCCCGUGCUCGGCUUCCCCGCGCUGGGCCGCUGCCCGCAGCUCCUGGGGCUGGCGCUGCUGGAGAACCGCGCUCUGCCGCCCGCCGCCUGCCGCUGCCUGCUCCGCAGCCUCCUGCAGCCUCCCGCCGGGGGGAGCGGCCGCGAUCCCGGCGGCCUGCCGCUGCUGGCCCGCCGCAAGGCCGCGGCCUGCCUGCUGGCGUCGGGCCCCGGGCCGCAGGGGCAGCUGCAGGCCGAGGCACGGCUGCUGCUGGGCCGGCUGCGGGAGGAAGGGCAGGGCGCUGAGGCACAGCUGCUGCGGGAGGAAGGGCAGGAGACCGCGGGGCAGCCGCGCUGGCUGCGCGGUGCUCUGGAGCAGCUGCCCCAGCCCCGAGCCUGCGGCGUGGUGGCGGCGGCGCUGGCGCUGCUGGCGCAGGGAUGUGACACCGAGCAGACCGGGGACGCGGACCGGGCUGCGAGCAGCAGCCAAGGCGGGUACCAAGCCGGUGCUGCAGGAGAUGGAUGCGCCGCCGGGUUCCUGCUUUCCUGGCUGCUGGGCAACCAGGAACGAUUUUCUGCCUUCUGCCUGUGCCUCCCGUCUUCCCAGCUUGCCUUCCUAGCUGGGCACUAUUCCCAGUUAAGCAGAUCUUAUCUAGACCUCUUAACCAGCUGGGGAAGCCGCUUGGUCUAUGACCCCUUGCAGGGACGGUGGGUUAAAAGUUGCCUUGACAAAGCUGAAUUGUCCUGGGAGGAAUUAAGGGAGCGCUUCAUCUGCCUCUGUCAGGGACCUGCACUGCUCAGAGAACAGACCCAAGCUGCUCUGGAGCUCCUGAGGACACGAGAUGGAGACUUCAAAGUCCGUGGCCUAAGUGUGUGGACUGACUUACUGAUGGAAGUAGGCUACUAAUGCGUGAACACAAAAGCAACGUGGAAACUUAAUAAAAUCAAAUAAAUCUGGUUAACUCUAUUUGAUGUGAAAGGCAAGACAUCCACUCCUCACUUCGUUGAAAACCAAAUGUUAUUGUAACUGCUGGUCACAAUGAUUCUGACUGCAUCAGGUUCUGAAGUCUUCCAGGGUGGUCUGGUGUUUUCUUGUGAUUGUGCUGUCAUUUCUGGUUAACACAGAAAAUUCCUUCCUUUUCAGUACUUGCUGAUUAAUUAUCUAAUAAAAUGAGGAAAAUCCAUUCUGCUUCAAAUAUGGAGUAAUUUUCUAUUUAGAAAAUAUGACAGUUCUGAUCUGGUCAUGGUGGUCAUGUGAGAAGAAUCUUGUGGUUUUUGAAAUGGAAGCAAUUGGUGCAAGAAUUGAAUAUUGUUUAUCAUAGGAAAUAAAUUAUGCCUAUGUAAA